ACGCAUGUGGCCCCGCCCCCUCGCCUACGUAUGACAGCACAGGAAGCAUCUCAUUUUCACAAUGAGGCUCAGUUAGCGAGCUGAGAGAAGUUUUAACAACAAGUGAGAAGACGAGAGAAGAGAGAAUAGAUUCAUCUACAGUAUUAGAGUUUAUAAAGUAAAGUAAAAGUGAAGGAGAGACACACACACACACACACACACACACACACACACACACACAGAGGAAGGCCAGAUGUGCAGCUUGUGUGCUUCUCACUUCUCGCUGGUUUUGGCGUGAAAAACUUACAGAGGAACUCGCAGGUGAUGGCGCAGGACGGGGGCGUGCAGUACGAGCCUGUGGCAGAGAUCGGAGGCGGUGCCUAUGGCACUGUGUAUAAAGCCAGAGAUAAAGAAAGCGGCAAGUUCGUGGCUCUGAAAAGUGUCAGAGUUCAGACCAAUCAGGACGGACUUCCUCUGUCCACUGUGAGAGAGGUCGCUCUGCUCAAACGCCUGGAACAGUUCGACCAUCCCAACAUAGUCAAGCUGAUGGAUGUGUGUGCAAGUUUAAGAACUGAGCAGGAGACGAAGGUGACUUUGGUGUUUGAACAUGUUGAUCAGGAUUUGAAGACGUAUCUAGAGAAAGCUCCGCCCCCUGGACUGCCUCUUCACCAUGUCAGGGAUCUGAUGCAUCAGUUGCUGUGUGGUUUGUCAUUCCUUCACUCUCACCUGGUUCUCCAUCGGGACCUAAAGCCGGAGAACAUCCUGGUGACGAGUCGCGGUCAGGUCAAACUCGCCGACUUUGGACUGGCUCGAAUAUACAGCUGUACCAUGGCUCUAACACCUGUGGUGGUGACAUUGUGGUACCGUUCUCCGGAGGUUCUGCUUGGUUCUAGUUAUGCCACCCCUGUGGAUCUGUGGAGUACUGGCUGCAUUUUUGCUGAGAUGUUCACACGGAAGCCACUGUUUUGUGGGGAAUCAGAAGUGGACCAACUGACCAAGAUCUUUUCUGUGAUUGGUCUGCCGAGGGAGGAGGAGUGGCCUAAUGAUGUCACACUCUCAAGAGAAAACUUCAGUCCUCAGAAUCCUCAGCCAAUCACAGAACAGAUCCCUGAGUUUACCAAGGAGGGGGCGGAUCUGCUCAUGAAAAUGUUGACGUUUGACCCCCUGAGACGGAUUUCGGCCCAGAAAGCUCUAGAUCACGGUUUCUUCUCUGACCAAUCAGAUAACUCUUAAAGAAGACGUGACCGACUGCUGUUAAAGAAAGAGUUCUAAUUUUAGUCCAGUCACUUUAUCACGUGACGUCAUGAAAUCACAGGGACCAAAAACUGACCUUUAACCUGCAUUUGUGUUUCGUGUCACAUGUUCAGCACAUCUAAUGUUUUAUUUUCUUUAUUUUAUGUUGUACUAAAGCCCAAUUGUACGAAUGCUCCCUAACACUCAUGGUCCUGACCCGGUCCAUUCGUGUGAAAACAGUGAGGUCAGUAACACUGUCUCUGAGAUUCACACUAAACACCGUCAGUGUUAAUAACAUGAACGUCUCAUUUAUUCUCAGCACAUGUCCAACAUCAAUAACUGUCCUGUGUGGCAGGAAGUGAGUUUGACAUGAUGUUCCUCUUACACACACACACAUAUACACACACACACACACACACACACACACACAGAAUCUUUAGCUUUCUGCUAAACUGGAGGCUCUAAGCGCCGACUAACUGUUAGCUACAUUAGCCUCGUAAUGUAAUUUAGCCACCAGCUGUGUCUCCACUGAUGGAGUACGUUUGGGUAACAGGAAUGUUUUCACUUUAAGCUGAACUGUUUCUUUAGGAAUUUUUUAAAAGUAUAUUUUUUCAAUAAUGAAUGAAAUGAUUUCAUACAGAAACACAACACAAGCAACGAGAGAAAUGCAACAGCUCCAGAACAGAAAUCCAUCUGAACCGCGAGCCGCGCUAAUCAAUAUCUUCAAAUCCAUCUGAUCAGAUCUUAGUGUUUUUUCCAGAAUAAUUGCAUUUGUCUUCUAUUUCAAAUCAUUUCUAUUUUUAAUAAAGAGUUAAUCAGCAGAUAAUCAGCAGAUAAUCAGCAGUUAAUCAGCAGAUAAUCAGCAGAUAAUCAGCAGAUAAUCAGCAGAUAAUCAGCAGAUAAUAAACCCAACAAGUUUCCACUGUAUAAUAAGUGUAGUGGAGCAGCAGGUGAAGAGAAGGAAUGUGAUCUCUGUUCUGUUUGUAAUAUAAAAUAAGUCUUGAUGAAAUAACAGUGCAGUUUAUAUUGUAAGUGCAGGAUAGUCUGGGCAUCAGAUGCAGGUUGUUGUUAAACGAUUGUGUUGUUAAACGAUUGUGUUGUUAAACGAUUGUGUUGUUAAACGAUUGUGUUGUUAACUGCCUAAAAUUUUAUUCCAACUUAAAAUGAAAUGAAAAAUGUUCUGUGUUGCUGAUUAAUAAAAUAAAACCCAUUGGAGGAUUUCUGUUCUGAGCAAGGUACACAGGUGUGUGUGUGUGUGUGUGUCUGUCUGUGUCUGUGUCUGUGUGUGCGUGUCUGUCUGUGUCUGUGUGUGUGUGUGUGUGUGUGUGUGUGUGUGUGUGUGUGUGUGUGAUUCAGGAGUUAAAAUGAAUGUGGACAUUAUUAAAUACAGAAGAGUGUGACGAUAAACACACGGAUCUCUGCUCUGUUAUUAAUUUGUACCUGAACAUGUUGAUGUCCUUGCUGUUUUCUUUAGCUUGUAUGUGUUCUGCUUCAUUACAACAGCGACUGUUGGUCUUUUGAUUUUAUUGUUUCCCCAUUAAACUGUUUGUCUUCUUCA